UGUGAUCUCUUUCCUCCUCCGACGGAACUGUUGGAAGCUUUUUUAUCGCCUCGACGAUGCCGCGGAAGGGAAUGCGGAGUCUCUUCACAUCAUCUUCCGCGCCAAAGGUCGGUCCUCCGCUUCAUCUUCGUGGGCCUCGAUACGGAGCAGCGGGUGGGCCCCUGUCCCCUUCCUGCUUCACCUUCGCUGACAGGUUAAUGGAGGAGAACAUCGCGGCCGCAGCGGAGGUCAUUCGAGAGUGGGGCCCGGAGGUGGACGACUCACUCUUCGGCAGCGGCCGCGCCGACUCCGGUCGCUUCCUGCAAGCUGUGUCGGACCUCCACCGCUCCAUGCUUUUCUUCUCUUCCCCUUCCGCCGACUCCUGCGCGUCCACCGCCGUCCGCUCCGCGGCCCUCCUCCGCGCCCAUUCGCUCCUCUCCGACGCUAUCUGCCGCCUCGAGCGGGAGCUCAAGCUCCUCCUCUCCGCCCACGGUCGCCUCCUCAACCCCCUCGACUCCCUCCGUUUGGCCUCCUUCUCUGACUCCUCCGACGUCGAGUACGCUGCUGACUCCAUCACCGAGGUGGAGAGCGCUGCGGACGUCGCCAUUCGCGACCUUCGAGCGGUCGCCGAUACCAUGAUCUCCGCCGGCUAUGGCAAGGAGUGCGUCCAGGUGUACAAGAAGAUGCGCAAAUCCGCCGUCGACGAGUCCAUCCACCGGUUAGGUUGCGAGCGCCUGACGCAAGCGCAGGUCCGAAAGCUUGACUGGGCAGAGUUCGAGUCGAAGAUCCGAGAUUGGCUCGCCGCUGCCCCAAUCGCCUUCAGAACCAUCUUCUCCGACGAGCGCCUCCUCUGCGACCGCGUGUUCGCCAGUUCCGACGCCAUCCGCGAGUCCUGCUUCGCAGACGUCGCCCGCGAUGCCGCCGCCUCGCUUCUCGCCUUCCCGGAAACGGUAGCGCGGUCGAAGAGAUCGCCGGAGAAGCUGUUCCGGAUCCUAGACCUCUACGAUGCCGUUUCUGAGUUCUGGCCUGAGAUCGAGUCGAUGUUCUCCUUCGAGGCCACGACCGCCGUCCGGUCACAGGCUCUCGCCUCUCUCCUCAGACUCGCAGAGGUGGCGCGGUCGACCAUGGCCAACUUCGAGGCGGCAAUCCAGAAGGACGCCUCCAGGUCCCGGGUCCCCGGCGGCGGCGUCCACUCCCUCACCCGCUAUGUUAUGGACUACCUCGUCUUCCUCGCUGACUACGAGCUCCCCCUCACGGAUAUUUUCGCGGAUUUCCCCUUCCAGGCCCAGAGCCCCUUGCCGGAGUCCUUCGACGAGGCAUUGCAGGCGACGCCGUCCCUGUCCGCUCCCUCCUCCCCCUCCGCCGACUCCACCACCACAUCCUUCGAGAGCAGCCCUUGGAGCUCCUCCCCCUCCCCCGCCUCCAGUGCCGUCGGGUCGAUUUCAGUGCGGAUCGCGUGGCUCGUCCUCGUGCUUAUUUGCAAGCUCGACGGGAAGGCAGAGCUCUACCGGGAGGUGGCUCUCUCAUACCUUUUCCUGGCCAACAACCUCCAGUACAUAGUGCAGAAAGUUAAGGAGAGCGGACUGCGCCUCCUCCUCGGGGACGAGUGGGUGGCACGGCACGGGGCGAAGGCGAGGCACUACGCAGCGAGAUACGAAAGGCUGGCGUGGGCAAAGGUGGCGGCAGCGAUCCCAGAGGACGGAACUGUGACGGCCGCAGUGGAAGCGUGGGAGCGGAUGCGAGGGUUCAACACGGCGCUGGAAGCGGCGUGCCGGGGGCAGGCGGGGUGGGUGGUGGUGGCGGAUGGUGGGUUGCGGGAGGAGGUGAUGUCGGCGGUGGCAGCGUUGGUGGUUCCGGCGUACCGGGCAUUCUACAAGAGGUCCCGACCGGUGCUAAGAGUCUCUGGCGCCGCCUCCGCGGCGGUGGUGCGGUUCUCGCCAGAGGACGUGAGGAACCGAAUCUACGGGCUCUUCGGCGGUUCGAUAGGGUCCGGUUCUUCCGGAGACUCAGGAACCCGUUCAUCCAGAGGUUCGACCGGCUUCAGUCCGCCCGUAGGCUCGAACCGGUCGGAAUAGAGACUGCGUUUACAAUUUGGAAAGCAUUUACUAUAAAAAUUACAAGCCAAUUAACCCAAGAAAGCAUUUACCAAAAAGAUUUCUCGAUGGUUUAAACUAUAAAAAUUCAAAAAUCACAUAUUAUA